AGUGAUCAACAAAUCUGCGAUAACCACAUCAGCAUUAUAUUACAUUUGUUGUGAAUUCAUCUAUUCGCAAAGUUGGGUACAUUUAACACGGUUCAGUGUACAGUCUACCACUUUCAAAGAAGAUGGACAGUGAUGGGAUUUCGUUGGUCAUUAAGGCACCAAAUAUGAAAGUGCAGGACCACAUAGUAGAGUGUGACAUGGGAUGGACAGUGCAACAGCUGAAGGCUCAUCUAGCAAAAGACUAUCCUGGUGAACCCGCGGUAGAGAGACAAAAGUUAAUAUACUCAGGACAACUACUGCCGGACCACCUGACAUUGAAAGACUUUCUUCGACAGUAUGAUGAGGAUACAAGGACUCAUACCUUGCACCUUGUAUGUGCUCAAAUGAAAGAUCAGCUCAGAGAUGGUCCAGUAGCACCUAAACCAAAUGUGAAGCCAGCAGCAUCGGCAGGCGUGGCAACGAGCACAUCAGCACCUAGCACUAGUCAGCAGUUGCCCCAGCUUCCAGAAGGGCUGCGACAUCGGCUGAACACCGCACCGACACCAAGCCCUCCAACGUCUCAGAAUCAGCAAUGGUCAAACUAUACUCAGCUCCAGCAGAUGGCAGCACAAUACCAACACAACCCAUACCAGGGAUUAACGCCAGAGCAGCAGUACUGGGUGUAUGCUCAGUACAUGCAGCAGUACAUGUAUUAUGCACAAAUGGGGUUUCCUGUGGCGAAUAUGAUGAGCUAUGCUGCAACGGUUCAACCGAAUGUUGCCCCUGGUAAUAAUGUGCCAGGCCCACAAGCUCAGCAGGGCCUUAAUAAUGCUGCAGGAAAUCAGAAUGUGAGAAUGGAUGCACAGGGCAAUGCGGUAUUGGAUGAUGAUGAGGAAGAGCAUGCCAAUGAUUGGCUAGACUGGAUCUACACGUUCUGCAGAGUGAGCAUCCUGUUCAGCAUCCUCUACUUCUACUCAUCGCUGAGCCGAUUCGUCGUCGUUCUAACGUGCUUCUUCUUCUUCUACCUGUAUCAGAAGGGAUUUUUCAUGAUAGCGAGAAGAGUAAAUGCCAACAACAACAGAGUGCAGGCACCACAAAGACAACCGCAGCAACAGGAACAGCAGCCGGAUAAUUUGCAGCAGGGUGGCCAAGCUGAGGAGGCCCAACAGGAAGUGGCGGAAACAGAACAAAACACAGACCCUGUGCGGAUUCAGCAAUCGGAGCCACCCCAGCCAUCUCCACUGGCAACAAUGUGGACAUUUCUAGUCACAUUUUUCUCUUCCCUAAUUCCAGAGCGCCCACUACCCGUGAAUGCCAACUAAUCAAAUGAGAUGAAAUGAUGAAUACAUGAAAAUUACAUUCUUUGUCACUGUUGAAUGGGUGCAAGCAUGAGAAUUUCCCGCGGAUUUGCGGAUUUCUGGGUUUUGGUUUUCAUUUUAGCCAUUCUUGAGAUUGAUGCAAAAAACGAAUAAAAAGCGUAGGGGGUAAUGCGUACUAUUUUUGUCAAAAUGGACACCAUUUUUAAUUUAAACUUCAUAAAAAGUCAGGAAAAGUACGUCAAAUUUCACACAGAAGUAACAGAACUCCAGGUAAAUAUCGCGGUGUAUCUAUGUAAUGUAAAUUAAGGCAUGCUUUAAGGGCAUGCCACAUAAAACAUUGAAAUUUUCAUAGAAAAUGACAAGACUUAGAAUUGUUAGUCACGAAAUUGGUCUUUUACUAAGAACGGAAUGGACUUACAAUUUUCCCCAGAAUGCAUGGAAAGGGCCUAUCUGCCCUUUCAAAUUAAAAAAAUUUCCUGGGGAGCAUGCCCCCAGACUCCCCUAGCAGGACAGUGUGCUACACAAAAUAAAUCAACAAACAUGAAAUAAUUCCUCCAAAAACAUCUCAACCUGUUCUCAUGUCUGUAGAUGCAAUAUAAUUAAACCCAGGUUCUCUUUUCUGUUUCCUAAAUUUAAAUGCUACAGUUAAUAGUCAAGCCUUUCGUUAUUUAACUUCUGUAACUGUAAGAUUUUUUUGUUAUUGUGUUAAAUAUGCAAAUGAUUUAAGGAUGAGAGGACUAGUAUGAAUGAGUACUGAAGUAACUGUGGACUUCGACGUUGUAUAGAAAUAUAUUUAUGUGCAUUUCUGGCGUCGAGGUUAAAUUAUGAUGAUUGAGAUUCUCAUUUAAAUAGUUAUAAUAUAUGUUUAUCUUUACAAAGCACGUGCACAUUCAACUGUCAUUAUGUUAAUUACACGGCUUUGUUUAAAAGGUGCAAAUUCUCCUAUAAAAUUUUAUUUUGCCUGGGGUAGAUAACGAACAACAGAAAUCAUUACGCUAACAAAGAAAUAAUGCUGAUGUGGUUAGUUUAUAAAAUACAUACUUGUCAUAUUAAUACUUGGCUGAUGUUGCCAAAUUGGGCAAUGCUUUUAUUUUAAAAUUAUAUCUGACAGAAUACCUCAUUGUUCGAAGAUGCAACCAGUUCAGUAGUUUGUAAGCAUGUAAAGAAGUAACUGCAGACGUAGUUCGGUUGGUAUAACUUGUUACAGCUUAAUUUGUUCAGGUUACUGCGGUUACAGGUUUCUUUCCCGGAAUCACAACACAGAAUGGUUAUUUCGCGGAAUUGCGUAUUUAACUAAACGUAUGCGUCGGUCUAAGAAAAAUCAUUCAGAAUAAAUAUGGAAAUACGUUAUGGGUUACAAAUCAAUUUUUUUUGUAGCAUUUUAUUGGAAAUAUCAAAUGUUCUAUGGCGAUGUAUUCAGCAGGUAUAAUUUGUGUGCGUAGAGAAGUUUUAUAUUCGAUUAAAGGUUUUUAAGUGCGUCCCUAUGGAGAA